AUGCCUCUCAGAUCCACCCGUCACACCACCACCACCGCCGCCCCUCGCCGCACCGGCCUCUUCUCCCGUCGCCGCGCCGCGCCUACCACCUCGCGCCAUCACCACACUACCACUCGCACCACCCGUACCACCGGCACCACCGCCCGUCCGGCCAAGCGAGGUGGCCUCUUCUCUCGCCGCCGCGGCCCCGUCACCACCCACGCCGCCCCCGUCCACCACCAGCGCCGCAAGCCCUCCAUGGGUGACAAGAUCUCCGGCGCCAUGCUGAAGCUCAAGGGCACCCUCACCCGCCGCCCCGGUCAGAAGGCCGCCGGCACCCGCCGCAUGCACGGCACCGACGGUCGUGGCUCCCGCCGCGCCUACCGUUACUAG